CACACUCCUCUUCCGGGCACCCCCCACCCCCACCACCACUCCCCACACCGCUCCCAGGCCUCCCCUCUCCUCGCUCCGUCCGGUGUCUCCGCUCAAAGGCCGAGCCGCUCGCUUCCUGCCCAACAACAACCACCACCACCCCCCACAGCGAACUCCUCGCGAGCCAUGGUCGCCUAACAAUUGCGCUGUUCACGGGCAUCUCGGCCGCCUUGUCCGUCUGUCCCCGCGGUGGCCGAGGCGUACAGACUCGUGAUCUUCCUGCGCAGCGUCAAGGCGGCCCCGUCGGCCUCGUGCUCACCGAGCCCCAUGUCAGGGGACCCGGCCGUGGCCGCGGCGGCGGCGGCGUCGGCGGCGGCGGCGUCGUCCUCGUCUCCUCCGGCGUCGACUGCUGCGGCUGCGGCGGUCGUGGUGGCCUCGGGCGGCCCGGGUGGCCCCGCGCUCGCGCCGGUGUCGCUGCCCCCCGGGGGGGCCCUGGCCCACCACUUGCCCCCCGUGCAGCAGGCGGUGGCGAUGUCCGCGCAGGGCCCCGGCCACGCUCCGGCCGGGCCUUUGUCUGUGUCGGUGCCGCCGCUGCCGCCGAUGGCCGCGGGCACCGCGCAGGGCCCCACCGGCCGGGCGGUGUCGUUCAAGGGCGUGAGCCCCAGCAGCAAGUACGUGAAGCUCAACGUGGGCGGAGCGCUCUUCUACACCACCAUGCAGACCCUCACCAAGCAGGACACCAUGCUCAAGGCCAUGUUCAGCGGGCGCAUGGAGGUGCUGACGGACAGCGAAGGCUGGAUUCUGAUCGACCGCUGCGGAAAGCACUUUGGCAUGAUCCUCAACUUCCUGCGCGACGGCGCCGUGCCCCUGCCGGAGUCUCGCACCGAGAUCGAGGAGCUGCUCACAGAGGCCAAAUACUACCUGGUGCAGGGUCUGGGCCAGCAGUGCCACGCCGCCCUGCAGCAGAAGCGUGAUGCCGUGGACCCCAUUUGCCGUGUCCCCGUCAUCACCUCCCUCAAGGAGGAGCAGAAGCUCAUCACCACCUCCAACAAGCCGGUGGUGAAGUUGCUGUACAAUCGUAGCAACAAUAAGUACUCCUAUACCAGCAACUCCGACGACAACAUGCUCAAGAACAUCGAGCUGUUUGACAAGCUGUCGCUGCGCUUCAACGGGCGCGUGCUCUUCAUCAAGGACGUCAUCGGAGACGAGAUCUGCUGCUGGUCGUUCUACGGGCAGGGCCGCAAGAUUGCCGAAGUGUGCUGCACCUCCAUCGUCUACGCCACGGAGAAGAAGCAGACCAAGGUGGAGUUCCCGGAGGCGCGCAUCUACGAGGAGACGCUGAACAUCCUGCUGUACGAGCCGCGCGACGGCCUGGGGGGCCCCGACAAGGCGCUGCUGGAGGCGACGGGGGGCGCGGCGGGACGCUCCCACGGGCCUCCCGACGAGGACGACGACCGCGACCGCAUCGACCGCGUGCGGCGCAUCCACGUCAAGCGGCUCGACGACCGCUCGCACCAGCAUCAGUAGCGGUGCCUGCCUCACCCACCCACCCCCCCCACCCCCACUCUCCCCAGCUGUGGCCAAAGGCGUCGGUCUGGGUGGGUGCAGCGGUCGGGGCGGGGGGGGGGGGGAGGAUGUCAGGAGGUGAACGGCACUGCGUAUGAGACGGUGUGUUGUCGUUGUUGUCGUCCUUCCCCCCGCACCUCCGAUUAGCACGGUUGGCUACGCACGGCGCGAAAGAAGUUCAACAUACGCGCAUACGUACGAGGUAGGAUCGGGGGUUGCGGGGGAAAAGGAGGGGCGGGGUUGGUCUAUGACAGGCGUCGGUAACCAAAAUAACAACAAGAGCCAUUUUUGAAUUCGGUAAAAAAAACUACAUUUCAAGAGCUGCACAAUCCAUGUAAAUAUGAGAGACGGUAGUCCUUAAUAAAUCACGUCACGAAGCGGUGAGUCCGGCUCCGGAUCCGCCGGUUGCCAACCCCUUGGCCUGUGGGCACAUAAGCCAUUUCCUCCGGUCAUAAGGGCGCCUUCCGGUUCACACGCUACGUCACUACGAGCUACGUCGCGGGCCAGGGGAUCAGUACGUGCGUGUACGGUACGUUGAACUUCUUUCGCCAACGUACGUAGCCAAAACGGUGCUGAUUGGAGGUGCGCAGCAAGGCGGCAGACUUUGGUUGUAAGAUGAACCGGGAAACUGACUUCGUUGACGGUUUGUGGUCCAAAACAACACCGCCAGCAGGAGGGGGGGGUUGGUCGUGGUGUUAUGUAAUACACAUCUGGUGUUCGCACCCAAAGACCUAACAUCGUUAUUUCAAAGAAAAUGUGUAAAAAACAAAAAAUAACAACUGGAAAGCGCCCGUCAGGUUUCUGGCCCUGGCUGUGCCUUUGGCUCCCAAGCGGUGUCAUGAGACCAGCACGUGAGGCGGGCCAGCGAUGCGAGGGGUGACGAAGCGAGGCGGGGUUUGGGGGUCGCCGCGGGGGGGGGGGCGGCUGUGGAGGUAGAGGGAGCGCUCGUUGCCACCGGAGUCGUUGAGCGCGAUCGCUUGCGUUGGCACAGCACGGUUUGUAUGGGAAGGUCGACCCACGGGCAAUUGCAGGGACUCCGUUCUGAUAAUCCAAGGUAAGGAGUUGCAGUGCUCGAAGCCCCUCGUGCAUGCGGGUAGUCACAUGGACGCCAGUAGCCGUCACGGUCAUGGGAGUUAAUCUUCCUUGCGGAGAUAUCCUUUUUUUCUACCAAUUUGUUGCGUUUAUCUCAUAAUGCACACAACAAAAAUACAUUUUGAAAGUCCAUUGAAAAAUGUAAUCCAAUUUUUUAAUUGAAAACGCUGUAUUUUUCCUGAUCACUUUUUUUACCUGCCCAACAAUGCAAACAGGAGGUUUUGUUGCCAGUGGCCAAACAUGUGGGUGUUGUAACCGGAACGUCAUAGUGCAGGGACGUCCUAGAGUCAGUUUGGCAAGCUUCUCGUCAUGCAGGGAAAAAGUCUUUGGGAAAGACGAACGGUUGUCGAGUCGGAAGCAACCACCACGACCCAUCGCGGUGCUCCCCUACUGCUAUCGUCCUCGCCGCUUCUUCCCUCCUCCCCAAGAUAACACCACUCACACCUUAGAAGUUCCUCCGUCCUGCGUGUAUGCAAUAUCGUAGUUUCCAGUCUUGAGAUUUUUUUUUUGUUAGUUAGCGUCCUGUUAUCACCUAUUUUGAGAUGACGAAUCGGCGUGGGCCGAUUUGCGGGUGGACCAGCAAGCGCGACGGUUUUCACCCUGUGGAUCAGAUUUGUACAUUGGCAGGGAGGCAGUGUCGGCGGCGGCCGAUGUUUGUGGCGGAGAGAAACGGGAGGGGGGGGGUUGUGGGAAACUCUCCCCGCCUUUUUGUUGAACCAAAAUAAAUCACCGUCGUGCAUAAAAGUCAUGCCCACCCCCCCCCCCCAGUCUUUUUGCAGGUCGUGUGCUCACUUUACGCAUAAGAAGGAACCCCCCCCCCCCCUCCCCCAUUUGUUGAAGAAUGCCCCACACAUAGUUGGACUGACUUGCGACGGUCCCACCUGUUUUUGAGAAUUUGAAGCUGGCGGCGUUGGGGGCAGCCUUAAACGACACUACCGGUUGGCAAAUGUCAUCCCUGGCCCUGGAAGUAGCUCUCCCAGCACUGCUGGUUUUUAAGCGCGAUAUUUAACAUACUGUAGUGUUUUAAAGUGGGCUGCGAGAUGAUUCUUAUUUUUUAUGCUUACACUAAAUAAAGCAAGGCUAAAGUAGGCUUGGCGAGAUAAAAAUUUAAGAGUACUUGGAAAAUCUUAUAAGACGGCGAAUUAAUAAACAAGUGCAGAGUGUCUGUGUGUGUGUGUGGCUAAUAUUUUUUUACGACAUUGCCAAUGUUUAGCUUUGCGUUUAAGGUGCAUGUUUGUUUGUUUUUUUAAGUUUGUUUUGUACAAUUCACCUGUUACCCGCCCACCCCCGCGUUAAGUCCAGCUUUCACGAUGGGUGGAAUUUAGCCUGUUUUCGCAAUGCUUGGCUUCAAAGCCAGGAUGGAUUCCACGCAGAGUAAAAGACGUUCUCGUUGCCACUUGACCACGUGUAACACGUGCAGUAAGACGCCCAGAAUGCACACCUUGCACCGCGAAAGGAUUCUUGAAGCGCUGUGCCAUUUCAAAACGUGCGUUGGUCAACCAUUUGUUUUGUGAUUUUUUUUUCGGCUUUUGCUGAAAACUGCGACGCCAAAAACAAUGGUCCUCUGCGUAUAUUGUGCCCCGAGGCAGCCGUUAUCUGCUUGUUUAGAAUUCUCAUUCGGGUGACUUGAGAUACCGUGAUGUACUUGGGAGUGCACGACCGCAGGUCUUUACCCCAUCACGAGCCUUGCCCAAACAAUCGCCUUAAGCCUGCCCCAAACCCAGGUGUGUAACUGAAACACACGACCGUUAAUGGCGUCGUCGGUCAAGGGCAUUCAUUCAUUCAUUCCCUGUGGGCUUUACUGGAGAGGAACCAUGGCCUUGUGUGUGCGCGUGUGUGCGUGUUGUGACGCUCGGAGACAUUGGUGGACAGAAUUCGAGGAGAAGUAGCGAGCUGGUCAUUUUGAAUUGUUUGGAAACAAACAGAAUAAUCGGGGGUCAUGAGGAUGUGUCGCAGCGAUACAAUGCAAGCUCGCUGCCCCAGUCCAAAGGGAGCGGAGUGGGGAGGAUGGAGACCGUUGUGUGUUUUUUCGUAACGUGCGCGUAAAGAAAAUCUCUGCGUGUGCCCCUGCGACAGUUUGCAGAUCGUAUGAUACUUCUGCUCCGUAUGACACUUCUGCUCCGCUGCUGCUCCGGGGACAUUCCCUCUAAAGUGUCUCCGAAGCUGGGGGGGGGGGGGGUGGCGCUGAACCACGUUGCCAGGCUCUCCAAGAUUUUUUGAGCGAAUCUCAAUUUCGUGGGGUUUUUUUGAGCGAAUCUCAAUUUAGUGUUUUUUUGAGCGAAUCUCAAUUGAGUGUUCUGUUUGAGAUCGCCUUAACGUGGCUGGGCGAGAAGCCCUUGCGUACGCGAAGUUGGCGAGUCCAGUGUUUGCAGCUAGAGUGGGUUCCAGCCGAUGGAAAUAUGAGCGACCGAGUGAGCUCAUUUUGCAGGUGGAAAGACCGGCAUGCCGGUGGGGGGGGCGGGGGGGUCGUUGUGCGUGUGCCAUGCCAAGCCUGCCCUGGGUCGUAUAUUGCCAGUCUGUCUCGUGGUGGGUUUUUUAACGUGUGGUGGUGCUCGCUUUUUCUCCACCGCAGCGUGUAAAGAGUACAGGUGACAAUUUUACGAAAUAACUGUCUUGGAUUUUAUUGUGCAGGAAUCUUUUUGCUAAGUGUGUACAUUACUGAGAAAUAAACAUAAAUUUAAAAAAAACAUGCAGAUGUAUGCGACGUCCCUUCACCGGAAUGCAUGCCGGUAAUUACGUUAUUUCCCUAUUUUUACUUGUGUUUUAUUUGUGGGCUUUCUUGUGCAGUCGGUGGAAAUUGCCGCGUGUCUCGUCAAGCGAAGAAGAGGCACGGGAGUCGUGCGGUCGAAAUUAAAUUACUUGCCUUUACAUACGGGCAAUGGGUUUGCAGCACCCAGAUGGUAUUGGUUCAAAUAAAAUAAAACAUUUUUACAGCUUACUCAUUUGGAGGGAGUUCAAUGGCGGCGGUUGCCUUCGUACGAUGCUGAGCAGCCUCAAUAAUGAGAAUGUGGAAUUCCCAGCCACUGUUCUACCAAUGGUUGAGCAGCGUGCCCCAUUGAUAGUUGGAAUAAAGGGGGAAACUUUGCCUCCUUUAAUCGUGCAAACGUUGCCAAAGAGGGCUGCGUUGGGCCAAGGGUCCGUGGGCUCUUAACCUGGUGUGCGAACACUGCCUGGGGGUGCGAGAGGCCCUUUCUGGGAGUGCGAGACGUGGCCGUAUUUUUGUUCGAAGGCAAAUCAUCGAAAACACAAUUAAGCACGGGCACGUAAGUACAACUAAUUUGUUUCGUCAAACCCAAUGUAUGUAUUCACAUUGUACACUUUAUUGUGAACGAAUGAGAACAAAAAUGGGUGCAAGGCUGCACUAAAGGUGACGAAUCACUGCCCAGAGGGUGGACAUGUGGUUGGACUCGACUGGGGCUUAAUUUCUCAUGGAAUCUUUUCCCGUACCCCCCCCCCCCCCACCC